UAAACUAACAAGAUCACGUCAAGAAAAUCAGACUACAACUACUGACAAACCAUUUCCAAAUAAAUACAAUCUAAUGGAGGAGACCUAUGGCAAGGAAUGGUCCAAGGCCCCAGCGGACGAGUACUCGGUUGAUUGCACCGUAGACUACGCUAACGCAAAUCAGUUGCAGCAAGAUCAUCCGUGUGUUGUUCAUUUGAUUCAGAGCAAUUACCUCCGCCCACCAGCACCCAAAAGAGUCCCGUAUCAAAUGGACUAUCCCGAAACGAUCGAUCCUUCCGACGGCCAAUCUAAAGCCAUUUUAAGAAUAUUGCAGAAUAAAAUCAACGGCUUUUUCAUCGAGUGCGGUGGUUACGACGGCGAAUUCCUGUCAAACACUUUGUACAUGGAGCGAUCACUCGGCUGGACUGGAUUGCUCAUAGAAGCUGACAAACAAGCGUACAGCCGACUGAUAAGACGGAAUCGCAAAGCUUAUACUUCACCCGUCUGCCUUAGCACGAAGCCAUAUCCAAUGCAAGUCACCUACAAUGGCUCCGUCUCGGCAGGGAGUUUUGUUGUUUCGCAAAAGGAAAUGAAUGGAGAUCAGCAAUCAAAUGAGAUGCUUGGAAUCCUAGAUGGAUCGGCUGUAAACGACACUAAAGACAUUUACAAGGUUCAGUGUUUCCCGCUGUAUUCCAUCCUACUCGCCAUUGGCAGGACCCACGUAGAUUACUUCGGUCUCGACGUCGAGGGGUCAGAGUACAAAAUAUUGAAAACUAUUCCGUGGCACAAAAUUUACGUCCAGACAUUAACAGUGGAAUGGAAUCACACGCCUGAAGGUGAACCCGCCAUAUCCCGACUGAUGGAGGGCGACAAUUUCAUCAAAUUCGGAAUGUUUUCAAUGCCUUACUCACAUGAAGUCGUCUUCGUUCAAGAUUUUCUCUACGGCUUUAGAAUAUUCGAGGACGAGGCUUAGAUCACCGGUAUUUUUUUCUUUUCUGUAUUACGACAUUGGCGACGAAAUAGGAAAUAUACUAUUAUUUUAAAAAUAUUGCCUGACGAUUAAUUGUGCUUCUAAUCGCUUUUAAAUUUGUUUGUUUCCAAAGCUACUGUGGCAAUAUCAGACAAUUUAAUUUUUACCAAAUCGUGUGAGCUAUUGCAUCCUGUCGCGCGGAAAGAGACGUGAAAACAUUAGAAACUGUUUGGCGCACGGUAUUGCUAUUCAUGCAAAGAAAAGGGUACUAAAUAAAACCGUUCGAAAAUACAGGAAAAGGCCCAACAAAUUCUCCUCAGCGACCUUGUUAUAUCUGCCCCUUUAAUUGUGUACUUGACAUCCAUAAAGGUGACCAACUACUACCGUCUACUGCCGUCUUUCUUCGCCGGUCUCAAUUAAUUCAACAUAUUUCAUGAUAAAUUGUUUGGCGCACAAUUUUAAAAAUGAGGAAAGGGUUAAAGAUAAAACCGUUGCGAAAUAACAGGAAAAGGUCAUACAAAUAGUGAAAUACUCCCCCCGACCGUUUGACCUACCCCUUUCGUUGUAUUCUUGACAUACGUGUCAAGGUGGCCAACUGCCGUCUAUUUUUUCGCCGUACUCAAUUGCAAGGAAAAUAUGGUGGGCGUAGUCUUGUGUAGGGCUAGGGGGUAGUAAACGAUUUCAGAGAAAAUUUGAAAAGGAAUGUGUUCUCCGAAAGGAUUGGAUGGAUAUGGGUUGUGACGGUGGAUGGGAGGAAAGGUAGUCAUAGCGCUUCCAUCAAAAGACAAAGAUACGAAGCCCUCACGUUUUCUCAAAAAAAUACGGUAAGCAAAUUGGCGUUGAAUUGUCCAGCUCUUAAUUGCUAUUUGCUAUUUGAAAUUUUCAAAACCAUUUUCAAGUCCAUCACCGGAAAUAAUAUUCAAGUGGAAUCAAUCGGCGCAAUUCCGGAUGCAGGUACAGACGCGCUCGUUAGACUCGGAUGUCCGUCAUAGUCCGUGCCCUGCUGACAAUAUCUUCCCCAUUUCCUCAAUUACUUUUUUAAAAUCAUUCUCCCAACUGCUUUGGCGUUUUUCACGUGAUCAAAUCAAAACGAGAGGUGAAAACAAUCACACAUUUCAGGCCUUUUGAUAAAAAUGGGAGACAC